GAGGUCUGGCGCUACUGGGGCUACCAGUUCGUCCACGGGUCCAACGCCCACAUCACCUUCAACGCCCUCGUCCAGAUGGCCACGGGCAUCCCCCUCGAGCUCGCGCACGGCUCGUUCCUCGUCGGCUUGGUCUACAAUUUGGGCGUCGUCGUCGGCGCGCUCUCGGUCAUGUUCAGCGACCCGACGACGCUCGUCGUCGGCGCGUCGGGGGGCGUCUACUGCCUCUUCGGCGCCCACUUCGGCCACACGUGCCUCAACUUCCACGAGCUCCACCGCGGCAUCUUCAACCGGUGGACGCGCUUCGGCCUCCUCGGCGCGUUCGUCGCCAUCGACUCCUACCUCGCCUACCAGGACCUCCGCGAGAACAAGAACGACGCCUCCACGUCCUACAGCGCCCACAUCGGCGGCUUCAUCGCGGGCAUC